CGAGGGCUGAUGACAUCUUUCAUUUCAAGGUCUGCAGCAGUACGUUUUCUCAGUCUGAUCUUGCGAGCUGAAACGACCAAGGCUGAUAAAAAAUUAGCCUCACAUCAAAAUGUUGCGUGUAGCAAGUGUUUUCCGCACUGCAGCUGCAAAGAAUCUGCUCCCAGCAAUAACCAGACAUUAUGCUAAAGAUAUCAAGUUUGGUGCUGAUGCUCGUGCCCUGAUGUUGCAGGGAGUCGAUCUUUUGGCUGAUGCUGUAGCAGUUACGAUGGGACCUAAGGGUCGCAAUGUGAUUUUAGAACAGAGCUGGGGUAGUCCAAAAAUUACCAAGGAUGGUGUAACAGUUGCUAAAGGAAUUGAUCUGAAGGACAAGUUUCAAAAUAUUGGUGCCAAACUGGUACAAGAUGUUGCCAACAACACCAAUGAGGAAGCAGGUGAUGGUACCACAACAGCCACUGUCCUUGCAAGGGCUAUUGCAAAGGAAGGUUUUGAAAGAAUUAGCAGAGGUGCAAAUCCUGUUGAGAUUAGAAGAGGUGUAAUGUUGGCUGUUGAUGCUGUUGUUGAGCAUUUGAAAAAAAUGUCAAGGCAAGUAACGACACCAGAAGAAAUUGCACAGGUUGCCACAAUAUCGGCGAAUGGUGACAAAUCAAUAGGUGAUUUAAUUUCCAGUGCAAUGAAGAAAGUUGGAAGGGAUGGCGUUAUUACAGUCAAGGAUGGGAAAACACUCAAGGAUGAACUAGAAACCAUUGAGGGCAUGAAGUUUGACAGAGGCUACAUUUCUCCUUAUUUUAUGAACACUGCUAAGGGUGCCAAAUGUGAAUUCCAAGAUGCACUGGUACUACUUAGUGAAAAAAAGAUCUCAAGUAUUCAGUCGAUUAUUCCAGCAUUGGAACUUGCCAAUCAAGCUCGUAAACCAUUGCUUAUCGUGGCUGAGGAUGUUGAUGGAGAAGCUCUUAGCACAUUGGUUUUAAACAGAAUUAAAGUGGGACUUCAGGUAUGUGCUGUUAAAGCACCCGGAUUUGGGGACAACAGAAAAAACACACUGCAGGAUAUGGCUAUUGCCACUGGUGGUGUGGUUUUUGGUGAUGAUGGAAAUCUGUACAAAUUGGAAGAUGUUCAAAUGCAAGAUUUUGGUAGCGUCGGAGAAGUGUCAGUAACUAAAGAUGACACAUUGUUAAUGAAGGGUAAGGGUAAUAAAACAGAAAUAGAUAAACGUAUUGCUCAGAUCAAGGAUGAAAUAGAAAUUAGUACUUCUGAUUACGAGAAAGAAAAGUUCAGUGAGAGAUUAGCCAAACUUUCAAAUGGAGUUGCUGUUUUAAAGAUCGGAGGAACAAGUGAAGUGGAAGUGAAUGAGAAGAAAGACAGAAUCAAUGAUGCUUUAAAUGCUACCAGAGCUGCGGUUGAAGAGGGUAUUGUCCCUGGUGGUGGCACUGCUUUGCUCAGGUGUAUAUCAAUCUUAGAUUCUGUAAAAACAGAAAACGAGGAUCAGAUAACUGGUGUAAACAUUGUGAGGAAGGCACUAAGGGUUCCUGCUCUGCAGAUUGCCCAGAAUUCUGGUGUUGAUGCUCAUGUAGUUGUUGAAAAGGUUCUCAACUCUGCUGGUGAUAUCGGAUAUGACGCUUUAAAUAAUGUAUAUGUUAAUCUCAUUGAACAAGGAAUCAUUGAUCCAACAAAGGUUGUUAGGACUGCACUUGUGGAUGCUGCUGGUGUUGCCUCACUGCUUACCACAGCAGAAGCUGUUGUUGUAGACUUGCCCAAAGAAGAAAAAGAGAUGGGAGGUAUGGGUGGUGGCAUGGGAGGUAUGGGGGGCAUGGGUGGUAUGAUGUAAAUUUGUUGCAUUAAGUUUUUAUCAAUCAUACCUUUAUAGCUGCAGUGGGAUUUUACAGAUUGUGUUCAAUACUUUCAGUUGUUAGAAUUUUCUAUCCUAUAAACUGUAAUGAGAAUAUUAGGUGUUUGACUCUUGUAGCAAGCAGUGCCAGUUUAAAGAUGUGAGUCAGGGGUAGUUUAUAAAGACGUGAUAUUUAAGUGGUCCAGGCAUUUAUUGUGAUUAUUACAUCCAAUGAAUAUUGCAAUUAUCAUCUAUUCAUACUGUUGAUUAGCUAUAAGCUGCCAAUGUCUAGAUAUGUUGUACUGCUAUUAGCAGUCACUUUUUUUGUUUCAUAAACCAUUAUUUGCAGUAUGCAAGAAGGAGAGGGUUAUGUAAAGGAAGUUGAAUGCUGUUUGAAAGUAUUUGAAUGUGGAUAAAUUUGAUUUUUAUAUUUAUAAAUAAUAAAACAAUGUCUUUUA